AUGAGCGAUGACGACGAAGAAAGCGGGCGGGCGGACAUCUCGACAUUUCCGCGUUUUGAUGACAAGUUAGCACCUCCUCGCCCCUUCCUUGUACCGUCUUUUGAUGGUGAAAUAGUGGAAAUAUUGCCGUCCGAAAAGGCGAACCGCAAAAUCAGAUUCGACGAAACAGUCCACAUUUGCGAGAUCGAGAAUCGUUUUGCAUACGGAGACUACCCUGCAGAUGACGAGGAAGGAAGCUACGAGAUCGAAAUUGUGGAUGAGAACGACGACGAAGCUGAUUUUUAUUUGGAAAUUGUUGACGGCGAGGUGUACUAUGUUUUCGAAACCGAGGAUGAUAUUAGCGUUGAGGAUGACAGCUACGAAACAGAGGAUGAAGAUGACGCCGAGUCGAAUGACGGUCCAAUCCAGUCGCUUCAGCUAGCUAUUGCUAAUAUGCAGAUUCCAGACUUCGAUGGAGAUGUGUGUGUUAUGGCGGACAAUGUCGAAAUUGAAAAAGUUGGAGAAGACGACAAUGGAUACUCGGAAGACAGUUUAGGAGAGAGUCAGCACCCGACUAUUGAAGAAAUCAAUAUAAAAGAUACAGACGAAGUAAUCGAGUUGGAAGAAAAUAACGGAGAAUACGAAGAGAAGGUUGCUAGUAAGAUCGUUUCUCUCAGUAUUCACACGAAGGAAGAACCACUGUCUUCGCUGGAUAGUUCAAUUCGCAUUCCGACUGCAGCAACACCAGAUAUUAACCUGAAAACCGACACUUUAGAAGCAAGAGUUCAAGAUGAAGACCUCAUGAACAAUACUGACGCAAUUGAAAUUUUCAUAGGAAAGAAAGGACCAAUAGCCGCUGCGCAGCUAGAGGAAGCUGGGCAGUCAAUUUCAGGAUCUGAUCAUGAAAAAGCAAACGAGAAUAACGAUACGCCGAUUUCACCUCAAGCUGGCGUUGCACCAGGGGCUACCGCAUCACCACUUUCCAGUAUCAGAUGCCCUGUUCUCGCCACUCCCAACCAUACCCCAAAACGCUCUAUAGGUGCUGAUGCUCCCGACUCACCUGUCAAGGGAAUCCCUCCCGCAAGCCCAGUCAAAUCCAUCCUUCGCGCUUGUCCUGAGAGCCCUCGGAAAGCACCGAAGAAGAAGCCCAAGGCAAGAGAGGUAUCAACAAAGAGGGAAAAAACCUUUACGAAGACAUACGUCCGCGCUGAGACGUUCGACGGCGAACACCGUGUUUACAGCUGGGCAAAGCCGGACUGGACGCAAGAAACGAAGCUGAAGUCGACUGGCCUUGGCGACCGUAUUCGCAACGGUGGCAAUUUGGCUAAUCCCAUUACCUUUCCAAAGAAGAAACCAGCAAAUGCUGAUCUGGUUGAGGAAGAGUAUGAACAAGUCAACAAAGAAGAGCUUAUUCGACGCAUCAAAGAUGGUCAUAGCGCCCCUGGAGUCAAGCUGCCUCGAUACCUACGAGGACAGAGCAAACUGAAAAUUAGCGUUCACGGUGCAAGGAUUCGCGACGGAGGAGAUCUUGUCAAGCCAGUCACCAUGGCAACGACGACUAAAAAAUCCUAUGAGUUCCAGAAGCCUGAAUGGACUCAAAAGAAGCUGAAUGAAACGGAAAUUGGAAAGAAAGUGAAAUCAGGGGCUGACAUGCAACAGCCAGUAACAAUGGCUACGACACAGAAAAAGUACAGUUGGGAAAAGCCAAGCUGGACAAAGCAGCGCAGUCUUCGUAGUCUAGGAAGUUCGGAUGGCGAAGAAGCGGCGUCGGAAAUAGAAAAGAAGAUAUACACUUGGGAGAAGCCAAGGUGGGCAAAAGAAAAGGUUCUAGGAACGACGGGGAAAAUAAGAAAAAUACAGGAUGGCGGCGAUAUUGUGAAACCAAUUACGUUUCCAGAAGGCAAAGGGGAUGGAAUCAACCAAGAAGUUCGGCCAGAACUUGUGCUGAGGCCAAGCAAGAAGGGAAUACAUGCGAGGCAUGGCGAAAAGCUUGAACGGCCCAUUACUGUUUUACCUGACCUCGCAAAGUGUAAGCACACAUGAAGAAUUGUGCCAUUUCGAUUUUUUCCUAUCCAAGCUCGUGCGUUUGCCAUUCACUAUGUACUCUACCCAUCGACGAGAGUUAUAAGUUACAUUCAUUUGUUUUGUAAGGAGACCAACAGGCCCAAUCAGUAGCAUAGGUUGACAAAGUCCUAAUUCUUGCACGGGCGAAAAGCAAG